CAGACUAGGCCAGCCCGCCCCGGGGCAGGGUGUUGCAACAGGAGCUCAGCUGGGCGGCCGCCACGUGACCCGCUUACUUAAAAGGCUAGUUCGGGCAGCUGCUCACAGUCCUGUUUCCUCCAGAGUUUCCGCAGACAGCCAUUGAGUGGAGCCUGCCGGAGCGGAGCCAUCUGAAGCACAGCCCGGAGCCUAAAGCAGACAGAAUCAGCCUGAGCCAGCCCAGCCCGGUGAUGGAGCGCCCACAGCCAGACAGCAUGCCCAAGGAUCUGUCUGAGGCCUUGAAGGAGGCCACCAAGGAGGUGCACACCCAGGCAGAGAAUGCUGAGUUCAUGAGGAACUUUCAGAAGGGCCAGGUGACCAGGGAAGGCUUUAAGCUGGUGAUGGCCUCCUUGUACCACAUCUAUGUGGCCCUGGAGGAGGAGAUAGAACGCAAUAAGCAGAACCCAGUCUACGCCCCGCUCUACUUUCCUGAGGAGCUGCACCGAAGGACUGCCCUCGAGCAGGACAUGGCCUUUUGGUAUGGUCCCCACUGGCAGAAGACCAUCCCUUACACACCGGCCACACAGCACUAUGUGAGGCACCUACACGAGGUGGGGCGCACUCAUCCUGAGCUGCUGGUGGCCCACACAUACACCCGUUACCUGGGUGACCUCUCAGGGGGCCAGGUCCUGAAGAAGAUUGCGCAGAAGGCCCUGGACCUGCCCAGCUCUGGUGAAGGCCUGGCUUUUUUCACCUUCCCCAACAUUGACAGCCCUACCAAGUUCAAACAGCUCUACCGUGCUCGCAUGAAUACUCUGGAGAUGACACCUGAGGUCAAGCACAGGGUGACAGAGGAGGCUAAGACCGCAUUCCUGCUCAACAUCGAGCUGUUUGAAGAACUUCAGGUACUGCUGACACAGGACCACAAGGACCAGAGCCCCUCACAGAUGGAGUGGCUUCGCCAGCGGCCUGGUAGCCUGGUGCAAGACCCUACCCCUGCAGAGACACCCAGAGGGAAGCCUCAGAUCAGCACUAGCUCAUCCCAGGCACCACUCCUCCGAUGGGUCCUCACUCUUAGCUUUCUGAUGGCAACAGUGGCAGUGGCAAUUUAUGCCAUGUAAAUGCAAAUAUGCUGUGAACUCUGUCCAUGAAGGGCCUUCUCUCUGUUGGGGAGAAUCUUGCCUGGCUCUCUUCUCUGGGGCCUCUAAGAAGCUUUUGGGGCUCCUAGCCCCCACCCUGUGUCCUCUUUCUCUCUGCAAUGGAGGGAGACGCUUGACACAUUUUCCCCUCACCAAAAUCACAUCCAGCUAGUGGCCUGAACUUUGAAACCAGCAGCCCCAAUUCCUGCAGCAGAGCCCAAAAGCCGUGGCCUGAAGGGCAGCUGUUAUGAGCCCGGUGCCCUUGGUUGUCGGCGUCCAUGUUAACUGCCAUGACUGCUUUUCUCUGGUGUUAUGGCCACUUUGAUAGCAGUGUGUAGAGAUGUUCUCUUGUGUUUCUGUCUUAUCACUUCCCCAGUUCCACCUGAAUGGUGGUAUUUUGUUGUGUUGGUUUUUUUUUUUCUAACGAAGUUGGGCUGUCUUUUGAGGGGUGGGUGAGGAAGAGGUAUUUAAUAGUUGUAACCUUGGUCUUCAACUUCUGUGUGAAAUAAUAAAUGACAUCUAACAGUCA